GAGGCGCUCCGCCAGAAGGUGCCGGGCGCAGGCGGGCAGCCCGCGCCAGACCGGCGCGGGCGGGGCCCGGCAAUGGCGGUCUGCGACGCCGGGCUGUGGCUGAGCGCGGAGGGCAGCGACUCGGACUGGUCCGGGCCGGAGGACCAGGUCGCCCUGCUGCCCUGGGCCCGAUUGGCGGUGACUGCAGACGGCCGCGCCACUGCCUCGCGGUGCCGCGCAGGAGCCGGGCCCCUGGCGCUGGCAUCCGUGCUGCUGGCCACGGCGUCCCUGGUGGCGUGGCGCUGGCCCCUCGGCGCCGCACAGCACGGCAUGGCGAGGAUCAGGCGCUCCGCCCCUGGCGGCCAGGACUCGGUCGGCCUCAGCGCGCUGCAGUCCGCUGUCACGGGCGGCGUGGCCGCCGGCUUCACCUCCAACGCCGCGAGGCGGGGGCGCGCUCCGGUGCAUGCUGCGCCCCUGACCCUCGGCCGAGACCUGCUUUUGACCGCGACCUCCUCUCCGUCAGAGACGGCCGGGCUCUGCCUGCCCCUCAUCGACCCGCAGCUCCCGGCCGUGCUCGGUGCCGCCAAAGUGACGGUUCUGUGUCAGUUCCGCAAUGUGUGGCUGGGACUGCGGGCAGGAAGCAACGGAACGGUCAAAGGCGCUGGCGGCGGUGGACAGCAGCAGCAGCAGCAGCAGGCUCUCGACUCGGAGCAGGCUAAAGUGUGGCUUGAGAUGUCUGCUGAUCAGUUCGAAGCGGCCGCUGCUGUUUUGUCUCAGUCUGCCCGCGACAAGCUCAAGCACAUGCGAUGGAAGCGCGAGAUCGGGUUCGAGGGUUUGGUUUCGGUCAAGGAGGCCAAGGACGUGCAGCAGGCCAUCGACAGCAAGGCCACAGAACUGCAGCGUGCCCGUUCUUCCUUUGACAAAGCGAAGGUGGCCAUUCAGAAGGCCACGGGGCAAUGUGCCUCCUCCAGGGCCCUUGUGGGCAAGCUGGAACAGGAGCUCAAGCAGAUGGUGGAGGAGGCCAAGGCCAAGGCGGCUCGUUGCCCCCCCGCCACUGCGGCGGCGGCGGAGUCGGCGGUCUCGGCGGCCUCGCACGUGGCGAAGGUACUCAGCAGUCACCCUGGCUGGCAGCAGCAGGUCGGUGCAGCGCUGGCGGGGCCGCUCACGGUGCUGCUGCAGGCGCUCACGGCCCACCGAGAUGGCGUCGGAGGAGCGGUGCUGGCGGGGGCCGCCGCGGCGGCCACAGCAGCGGCGGCAGGAGGCGGCGGCGCUGCAGAGGGUGCUACGGAUACGGGAGGCGGUACGGCGUGCAUCGUUGAUCUCAGUGGUGAUAGUCUCCCAGUGCCCGAGGACGUGCAUCACAGCAGCUUGUCCGACGUGGAGUGGGACAACAUGGUGGAAGGCCUGUCGCCAGACUUCCCGAACUCAGAUGCCGACAAGAAGCGUCUCGUCCAGGAGCUUCGUGAGGAGGCGUGGGCUUUGCAGAUUCUGGCUAGCGCGGUCAAGCAUCGAGCUGCGCAGCUGGCAGAACGCGAUAUGAAGCAACGAAUUGGCGAGUUCAGGAAGUGGGUCACUGCUCAAGCGGGCACAGGAACGAGCAGGACUUUGAUUUUCUUGUGCCACGGCAAGAUCGAUCCGCUCUACAGGGCUACGCUGCUGCCGAUCGUAGCCUUCGUGCGGGCCAUCUGGGAGUCCUGA